AUGACAAUUCCAGCUACAACUCGGCCCAAGGCCUCAGAAUCCGGCAAAUCCUCUAAAGAUGGCUCGCUCACGCCGUCAGAGAAGAAAUAUGUCUCGUCAGAUGACUUGUACCGGCACUCAUCUCAGUAUAAUCUCUGGUCCUUUACUCAAGCACAGUUGGACGAAAUGCGCCGUGCUGCCAACGAAAAAGGACGAAAAGCUGCAUUGCAACGCUUUGAAGCAGCCCGGAGCUCCGCAGAAGCUGAAAAUCCCGCUGUUUUUGCGGCUCAUGGCGAAGAAUUGACCUCCAACAUGUUAGAACUUAUAACGUACGAAGAAGAACAGGUUUUCCUCCGAUUCAUAUGUCUGCAAAUCAUUCAGAUUUGUGCACAUUUCAAUAUGCCUACACAAGUGCGUGCCACAGCAAUGUCGUUCUUCCGCAAGUUUUACCUAGUCCAUUCUGUGAUGGAGUAUAGACCCAAGAAUGUAGCCUACACGAUUGUCUUUCUAGCGGCCAAGCUGGAGAAUUACUUCAUCCUGAUUGAGUCUUUCUGCACACGGAUCCCGAAAACAAAGGCUGCCGAUAUCUUGGGUCUAGAGUUUGAAGUAUUGCAGACACUUCAAUUCACCCUCCUAGUGCAUCAUCCAUUCCGGCCAUUAUGGGGCUUUUUCUUGGACUUCCAGCUGGCGCUUCUCCAUCCAUCGCCAGUUAUGUAUGAUGUUUCGGUAGAUACGAUCGGCAAGCUCUACGACCAAGCGAAAACGUGGCUAAACGAGUAUGCGUUGCUCUCAGACGCUCCGUUCAUGUUCACGCCUCCUCAAAUUGCCUUGGCGGCAUUCUAUGAUUGCGACAAACGUAUCACUGAUCGGUAUUUACGUCUGAAGUACCUUUCGGAGGGGCCAGACUCGAUGGAAACGAUUGCAGAAGAAGAGGAGGAUCCUGCUGUAUCCAAGCACAAACAGACGCAAAAAGAGCAGUAUGAUAUUCUUGUGAAGACACUAAAAAGGUGCAUUGUUGUGGCUAAACAAGAAUUGCCGACAUCAAGAGAGGAAAGCGCCAAGAUCGACGAGCGGUGCUUUUUCAUAUUGAGCCCGCAGAAGCUUUUGAAGAAGAAGAUCAAGGCAUUCAGUGCAUAG